AUGUCGCUCUCACGGCAUGUCGACCCCGAAGACAUCAUCCGCCACCUGCAAGACCUGCGCAUACCCUCCGAGAGCGCGGGAUCCACCACCGGCCAGACGGCGCACCUAACGCCCUUCUCGACGCCCUACACCAGCCAGCGGGACAUCCCCAAGUACCAGAUCCCACCAGACGGCGCGCCGGGGGACACGGUGUACGAGAUGCUCAAGGACGAGCUGGACCUGGACGGGCGGCCGAACCUGAACCUGGCCAGCUUCGUCGACACGUACCUCGAGGACAACGCGCAGCGGCUCAUGGUCGAGAACAUGGGCAAGAACCUGGCCGACAACGACGAGUACCCGGCCAUGCUGGCCAUCUCCAACCGCUGCGUCUCCAUCCUCGCCCACCUGUGGGCCGUCCAGAAGGGCGAGAAGGCCGUCGGCUCCCCGACCGUGGGGUCGUCCGAGGCGAUUCAUCUCGGUGGCUUGGCAAUGAAGCGUCGCUGGCAGGAGCGCCGUAGGGAGAAGGGUUUGGAUACGUCGAAGCCGAAUAUUAUUAUGGGUGCUAACGCGCAGGUGGCGCUGCUAAAGUUUGCGCGGUACUUUGAGGUCGAGGCGAGGGUGCUGCCCGUGUCGGAAAAGAGCAAGUUCUGCUUGGAUCCGGAUUUGGUGAGGGAGAAUGUGGAUGAGAACACGAUCGGGGUGUUUGUCAUCCUGGGGAGCACCUAUACGGGACAUUUCGAGCCCGUGGAGACGAUAAGCAAGAUACUGGACGAGUAUCAGGAGAAGACGGGGGUGGAUAUCCCGAUCCAUGUCGACGCUGCCAGUGGUGGGUUUGUGGUGCCUUUUACGCACGCCGGAACGGGAGGGUGGAAGUGGAACUUUGAGCUGCCUCGCGUUGUCUCGAUCAACGCUUCAGGCCACAAAUACGGCCUCGUAACCGCCGGCGUCGGCUGGAUCAUCUGGCGCGACCAAUCUUACCUCUCCAAAGACCUCAUCUUCGAGCUGCACUACCUCGGCGGCACCGAAGAGUCCUACACGCUCAACUUCUCCCGGCCCGGCGCGCAGGUCAUCGUGCAGUACUACAACCUCAUCCACCUCGGCUUCUCGGGCUACCGCGAGGUCAUGGAGAACUGCCUGGCCAACGCGCGCAUCCUCUCGCAGAGCCUCGAAGCCACAGGCUGGUACACCUGUGUUAGUGAAAUCCACCAGCGCCGUGUCCCCCCCACCAGCAACCCAACCAACCCGGACGCGGACGCGGACGCGGACGCGGACGAAACAUCAGCGGCGUACGCGGCCGGCCUGCCCGUCGUGUCCUUCCGCCAGACGGACGAGUUCCGGCGCGAGUACCCGCACAUCAAGCAGGAGACCGUCUCGCUGCUGCUGCGCGCGCGGCAGUGGAUCAUCCCCAACUACGCGCUGCCCCCCGGCGAGGACGCGACCGAGAUCCUGCGCGUCGUCGUCCGCGUCAAUAUGAGCUUUGAUUUGCUGGACCGGCUGGUGACGGAUAUCGUGCAGGUGACGGAGAGGUUGAUGGAGAAGGAUGAGGUGGAUUUGUCCGUGUUGCAUGAGCGGCAGGCGGGGCCGGUGUUGAAGGGGGAGGGGGGGAAGGAGGGGGGUGGAGGGGAGGCGGGGAAGGGGAAGGGGAUUCAUCGGUCGGUGUGCUAGGGGGGUGAUGGAGGGGAGGGUGUUGGGUUUGGGGCCGUGAAUCUGUAUGGGUUGGUGGUGGAAAUGGUUUGGGUUUGGGGAUAUGGGUUCGUAGGUAUGAUACGGGGUGGACGAGUUUCUAAAAGUUAUUUGGCAAUCUUCAUGGGUUUGUUUGCGUUGCCCAACUACCACUCCGACUCUCUAAAUCUUCGUGUAUUGAUAUUCAUUCGAAAAAGCAACGAUCUAAAUCGCGACAACGGCAGCAACACAACGUUGAAGAAAUGCGCUGCAACGCC